AGCCUGUUCUAAUGUACAAAGAUAACUCCAGCGCUUCCUAGGAAGACACAUCUACCUGAUCGCAAUAGUGGGCGGUGUUGUUCUGUGAUGGCUAGCGGUGCUCUACCCCAUUCUCUUUACAUCCAUGGCACGUCUAGUACUACGAACGGCAGCCAGAGCUUUGCUAGUCUCAACCUCGGCACCAUAAACCAUGCUCCCAUCAACAACAACAACAACAACAACAACAACAACAACAAUAACAACGACGACGACGACAAUAUCUCUUGCAACCUAGCACUGAACGAGAUUCUCCACGCUCUUCCGAUCGCCAAAGAUGCACCUUUUAACGCAUACCAGCGGCAACGCGACCCAACCUGCUUGCCCAACACCCGCACAGACCUCCUCCGCGAGAUAGACAACUUGGUAGACAGUGAAGAAUCACCAGGCAUCUUCUGGUUGAGCGGUCUAGCCGGCACUGACAAAUCUACUAUAGCGCAAACAUUGGCUUUGCGAUACCACGUGAAGAGUCGGCUUGCUGCGAGCUUUUUCUUCUCACGGGCAGACGAAGACGUAAGCCACGCAGGAAAGUUCAUUACAAGUAUUGCAUUCUGGAUCGCCAAUAGUAUACCAGGCUUAAAGCGUAAGGUCUGUGAUGCGAUAGGAAAACACAACAAUAUUGCGAGCCUAUCUCUUGUCGAUCAGUGGCAGGAGCUGGUACUUGUUCUACUGUCAAGCUGUGAGGACCAGGAUUGCCGAUCAAGCUAUGUUAUUGUUGUUGAUGCACUUGAUGAGUGCGACAGCCAAGACAACAUUCAAAUCAUUCCGCGCUGUCUAGCUGCUGUACGUUCAUUACAGAGUACUCCAGUACGCGCGCUUCUGACGAGCAGGCCUGAGGUUCCUAUCCAGCACGGAUUUAGCCAAGUGCGAAGAGACGAGCAUCAGGACUUUGUGCUUCAUGACAUCGACCCAGCAAUUAUCGAGCACGACAUCUCAGUAUUCUCGAAACACAAACUUGAAUCUACUGGAAAUAAUUAUAGGCUCGGAGAUGGGUGGCCAGCGGAAAGAGACAUCAAAGGACUGUCUUUUGUACGUGAAUUUCGCGAUGCUUAGAAAAAGUGUCUGGCUCGGUGGGGGAAUACGUUAAAUAUAUAAUUGUAGCACUACAUAUUUU